AUGGCGUCAAUAUCAUUCGGUGACAAUAACCAUGGAUUCCAAAUAGGGGAUAACUAUGGACCGAUACAUACUAUCAAUCUACCUCCAGAGCGACUAGAAACUCCCCCGGGCCCUCUUUCAACUGUCCCAUUCGCACGUGACCCUGACUUUAUCAGUCGGGACGCGCUAUUUCGACAGAUUGACAAGAAUCUAGUUCCAGGUUCGAGGAUAGCGCUGGUCGGCCUUGGCGGUGUCGGAAAAUCGCAACUUGCCAUUGAAUAUUCUUACCGGGUCCGAAUCAACUUCCCAGAGACGUGGGUUUUAUGGGUGCACACGAGUAACGCCGCCCGAUUCGAGCAAAGUUUCCGAGAUAUAGCGAACCAGGUGAAGAUUCCGGGUCGCCAGGAUCCGCAAGCUGAUAUAUUCGAAUUAGUCGAGAACUGGCUUCGGGAUGGGAAAAGAGGAAGAUGGAUUCUUUUGCUUGAUAACCUCGAUGAUCCUGAGUUCCUUCGCAAAUCUCCUGCGACCAGUCGGGGCUUCACGAAGCCCUUACUAGAAUACGUCCCUAGAUGUCUGCAUGGAUCGGUCAUUAUCACAAGUCGGACUCGAGAGGUUGCACUGAAUACGGUCGAUUAUAAGGACCUUAUUGAAGUCAAACCGAUGGAACAGUCCGAAGCACUGGAACUUCUCCAGAAAAAGCUUCCACAACCAGAAAAAAGUCAGGAUUGUCAACAUUUAGUAGAAGAGCUGGAGCUCAUGCCGCUAGCGAUUGUGCAGGCAGCAAGCUAUAUCAGAAAUCGAGCGCCUCGGUAUUCGGUUGCGCAGUAUCUGAGAGACUUUCAAAAGAGUGACCGCAAAGCAACACAGCUUUUGAAAGUCGAGGCAGGUCUUCUCUACCGGGACUGGGAGGCAAAUAGCUCAAUUUUGGUGGCCUGGCAAAUAUCAUUCGAUUACAUUUACCACACGAAGCCAUCUGCCGCGGAGUUGCUUUCUCUUAUGAGUUGUUUCGAUCGACAAGGAAUUCCAGAGGACAUUAUCCAGUAUCGACCACCCACCGACGACAUAUCAAGUCCAGAGCUUCUGGAACACGCCACCAACCCUGAUGAUAGUGAAAUAUCAGAAGACGAUAGAGACCCUCAUUUCGAGGAUGAUAUCACAAUAUUAAGGGAUUACUCAUUCAUCAAUGUCAGCGAAGACGGUACCAUGUUCACAAUGCAUCGGCUAUUGCAACUAGCUACACGGGCCUGGUUAAAGUCUCAUGGAAUACUUGACCAAUGGAGAGAGAAAUUUGUUAGCAUCUUAUACGAGGAGUUUCCCUUACCUGAUUAUGAGAACUGGACGACUUGCCAACUAUUACUCCCUCAUCUCAAAUCAGCAAUCUCACAGUGGCCAGCAUCGCAUAAGUCCCAACAAUGGGCUACUGUACUCCUCAGAGGUGCUCAUUACGCAUGGCAAAGUGGCAGUGUCGCCGAUAUGAGGGAUUUUGCAUCAGAGUCUAGAAAGCAAUGGGCGUUGUUAUUAGGUGAAGAGCAUCAAGAAGUUCUUCGAAGCAAAGGAAUACUUGCUACGUCAUACUGGGUUGAAGGCCGAUGGCAAGAGGCUGAACAACUCUUCUCAGAGGUAGUUGAGGCGAGCAAGGUACAGCUCGGCGAAGAUAACCUCUUCACGCUAGCGAAUACUACCAACCUGGCGUCCACGUAUCGAAAGCAGGGUCAAUGGGAGAAGGCCGAGCAGCUCCAGGUGCAGAUUAUGAAGACGUGUAAGGCGGUGCUCGGCGAUGACCACUAUCAAACACUAUCGAGUAUGUCUAACUUGGCGGCGACGUAUCAAAAUCAGGGCCGCUUCGGAGAGGCUGAGGUGCUCCAGUUGCUGGUGCUGGAGACCAAGAAGGCGGAGCUCGGCGAGGAUCAUCCGGAAACAAUUGCGUGUAUAGCCGCGCUGGCGUUGACGUAUUACUACCAGGAACGGUGGGAAAAGGCUGAGUAUCUCUGCAAACAAGUGAUAGGAGCUCGCAAGAUAAAGCUGGGCGAAGACCAUCCUGACACGCUGGUAAGCAUCCAUAACUUGGCGUCGAUAUAUUUGGAGCAAAGCCAAUGGGAAGAUGCCGAGCAGCUUUUGUUACAGGUGAUAGAGGCUCGCAAAGCAAAGCUUGGCGAUGACCACCCAGACACGCUGACCAGUAUGGCGAACCUGUCAUUAGUAUACAACAAUCAGGGCCGGUUGGAAAUGGCCGAGAAGCUUAAUAUACUGGUAUUGGAUAUCCGCAAGACAAAACUCGGACAUGGCCAUCCAGAUACGUUGACCAGUAUGGCUAAUCUGGCAUUGAUAUACGAAAAUCAGGGCCUAUGGAAAGAGGCCGAACAACUUGAGAUGCAGGUGAUGGAGACAAGCAAGGCGAUUCUCGGUGUGCACCACCCUUUCACGCUUAUCACUAUGUCCAAUCUCGCGUCAACCUUAGAGCUCCAGAGCCGGUGGCACGAGGUCGAGCAGCUCGAAGUGCAGAUGAUGGAGAUACACAAGACGAAGCUCGGUGCGGAUCACGCUGUUACGUUGAAGAGCAUGUUAAAUCUCGCGUCAACCUUAGAGCACCAGGGCCGGUGGGACGAGGUCGAGCAGCUCGAAGUGCAGGUGAUGGAGACUCGCAAAAAAAAGCUCGGCGAUAACCAUCUCGACACGCUGAAGAGUAUGGGCUAUGUCGCCUUUACUUGGAAAUCUUCAGGUAACAAUGCCAAAGCCAUCGACUUACUACGGGCUUGUUUAGCCAAGUUGAAAGAGAUAUAUGGCUCUGACCAUCCGAACACUAUAAAGACUUCUGAAAGAUUGCUGGAGUGGGAAACGGAAGUCGCACGCGAUAAUGAAGGAAGAUGUGACAAGGACGAGGAAUGGGAAACGGAGGAAGAAUGGGAGACGGAGGAGGAAUGA